GGCCCCUCGCGCUCCUGCUGGUCGUCCGUGAGAGCGGACUGACUGGAGAUCGAUGUCCGGACUGUGAGGUCAGCUCGCCGGAUUGCUGCAGUGGUUGAAGGCGCUUUAAUUAAUAAACUCCAUCUGGAGCUGCACCACGAUGAGUCUGAGCUCCUGAAAGUUUUGCUUUUCAAAAAAUACAUACAAAAUAAUAUAUAAAUUGGCAUCUUUCUUGAAGCCUACUCCAUUCCUCGAUGGGUUCCCACAGCCAAGGUUUCUUCCACCACCACCACCACCACCACCACCAUCGCUCCAUGGUGCCCACCAUGGUGCCGAGGCUGGUUCCCGGGAACAGCACCCUGCUGGGGGCCAUUGCCCAGAUCACCCCCAACCUCUUCCUCAGCAGAGGGAACGUAGCAUCCGACCGCAGCCUGCUGCUGUCCAAGGGCAUCACCUGUGUGGUCAACGCCACCAUCGAGCUUCCCAACUUCAACUGGCCUCACAUGGAGUAUGUCAAGGUCCCUCUGGCAGACAUGCCCCACUCCCCACUCUCCUUGUACUUCGACAUCGUGGCUGAUAAGAUCCACAGUGUGGGCCGAAAGCGCGGCGCGGUGCUGGUGCACUGCGCGGCGGGGGUGAGCCGCUCGGCCUCUCUGUGUCUGGCGUACCUCAUGAAGUAUCACCGCGUGUCUCUGGCCGAGGCCCACGCCUGGGUCAAAGCCCGCCGCCCCAUCAUCAGGCCCAACGGGGGCUUCUGGCGCCAGCUCAUCGAGUACGAGAGGAAGCUGUUUGGUCGGAACUCUGUUAAGAUGGUACAGACGCCCUACGGGGUCAUACCUGAUGUUUAUGAGAGGGACCACAGGAGCCUGGCUCCGUACUGGGGCCUUUAAGAACCACAGCUAGGAGAUCAAGGAGGAAGUGAAGAUGAGCACCUUUGCCCCCCUCGACUGCAGCGCCAUGCAUGUUCAGGACAGGCGGAGUGAGACGCAUGUGAGUGUCCAUCUGUGUGAGUGCGUUUGAACAAAGGGAGACCAAACACUGGGGCUUGAUGCUUUUUGUCCAACCCGUUGCCUCUCUGUCGUCUUUGUGCGGCAGCAAAGCGACUUGAACCCAGGAUCCUUCGGACCAAUGGAUCCAUCGGGACUGCAAUGAGAAAAAUGGAGAUAAACGGCACCAACUUCCACAUUUGAUCUUGUUUUGGUGUCUAUAUUCCAGUUCCAUUGGAGGAUGAAGGUGACGGUUUGGGCUGUUCUCGAGACACUGAAUCUCUGGCAGUGAAGUGGCUGAAGUCCUUCUCCGGACGUGAUGAUGUCAUGUGGCGGUAUCGUGCCAGUUCUGCAGUAAUCAUUCGUGUGAAGGGAAGCAGCAAGCUCUUAAUUUAUGGUAGCAGAUACAAAUGUACAGAAAAAAACAUAUAUGCAGAAACAUAAUUUUAUUGGAAUGUAGUGGGGAACAAGUGGCACACUUUAACUCAACAUUUAAAGAUGUUGUUAUAUUGACCUUUAAGUUGAAAAGCUAGAGGAAGUAAGUUUCACCCUGUGACCACACUGUUAUUGUUGUGCUAAAUGAUGCUGCAUUAAAAAAAAAAUCUGCCACCACAAAGCAAUUGGCAGCUUUAGGAUAUAUAUAUAUUUUGUAUCCUACUUGUUUUGCCUUUUGUCCACAGGUUGCAAACUCAUAGCAGCACAGAGAACACAUUUCAUUUCUCUUUGUGAAUAAGCCUCGUCACACAGGCUGAAGAUCCUACAGCAGCUGGUGGUUUUGCAAGCAAGAGAUAAAUCAUUUUUUUCAAAAUCGUUCACAAUAAUCAACUUAUAGUCCUUCUACUGACUAACCUCAACUCACUGUUUUAGCACUAGAUGUGUCCUGUGAUCCCAUUGUUAUUGUGUGCAGUGAAUGUAGUGCGUUAGCUUCGUAUUGUGAUUUACGGUCUUGACUCCGCCCCCGACAGCACUGCAGUCGUCCCCGUUCUGUGGUCCUCUGUAACGGAACAUCACCGAGUGACGUUGGAUGGACAGUGAACGUCUUCGCCCCACAGAGAUCAGUGCAACGAUGUGUGUUCAACAAAGCCAUCGCAGGUUAAAUGAGAUAUCACAAUGACAUAUAUUAAAGAAGGAAAGGUCAGGGGUCAAUACUUGUUAGUAGGAGGAAGAUGUUGUGUAGUAUGACUUCUAAUCAUUUCAUGCACCAAGACAGUCGUAUUAAAAUAAUAAUUAGAAAAAU